ACCAAAACUUACCCAGAACGCCUCUUGCAAAGGCUGGAAGAUAAGACGCUAGCGGAGUUUCCGGCGGUGGACAUGUUCGUUACGACGGCUGAUCCAGAGCUGGAACCGCCGAUCAUAACGGUGAACACGGUGCUGUCUUUAUUGGCGGUGGACUAUCCGGCGAACAAGCUGGCGUGUUAUGUGUCGGACGACGGUGCAUCGCCGUUGACCUUCUUUUCUCUGGUGGAAGCAUCCAAGUUUGCUCAGAUUUGGGUUCCCUUCUGUAAGAAGUUUGACGUUGCCGUUAGAGCUCCGUUUCGAUAUUUUCACGCCAACCCUGCAUGCCCACAUGAUCGCUCCUUGGAAUUCCAACACGAAUGGAACAAAAUCAAGGAUGAUUAUUUAAAGCUGUGCGCGAAGAUAGAAGAUGCGAGUAAGGAAUCUAUGGCAUUUGGCCUUACCGCUCAAUUUUCCGUUUUUUCAAAGAUUAAACGAAGAGACCACUCUUCCAUCGUAAAGGUCAUUUGGGAAAACAAGGGGACUAUUCCGGAAGAAGAUGCGGUUCCUCAUCUAAUCUACGUCUCUAGAGAAAAGCGUCCAAAAAUUCAUCAUCAUCACAAAGCAGGAGCCAUGAAUGUUCUGACUAGAGCAUCAGGGGUGAUGACAAAUGCACCAUUUAUGCUGAACGUGGACUGUGACUGCUUUGCAAAUGACCCAAAAGUGGUACUCCAUGCCAUGUGCUUUCUGCUCGGGGCAGAGGAUGAAAAAGAUGCUGGCUUUGUUCAAUUUCCGCAGAGCUUCUACAGUUCAUUGGAGGAUGACCCGUACGGAAACCAAUUCAAAAUCACUAUGAGAACUAUGAUGCGAGGAAUUGCCGCGAUACAAGGAUCACUGUAUAUGGGAACCGGAUGCUUUCACAGAAGAAAAGUGAUGUACGGCUCGCCACCAAAUUGUAGGACCAGUAGUGGAUCCUUAUAUCCAGAGAUGACAAUACUUGCCAAUUCUCUAGAGGCUGCUCAUGAAGUUGCCAAUUGUGCCUAUGAAUUUGGCACGGCUUGGGGUCAAAAUGUUGGAUGGAUUUAUGGAUCUACCACAGAAGAUGUCCUUACAGGGUUAACCAUCCACAAUAUGGGGUGGAAA